UGAGCUCAGCCCAGCCAGACGCGCAGGCGGGGAAGCCCGUCCUCCGCGGCGAGUCCGGCGCCUCAGCCUCCCAUUUGUGCCAGUGCAGCGGAGCGUGCGGCGGCCGAGACGUAGCCGGGCGGAAGUGACGGCCGCUUCACCUGCUGGGCUUGCGAGGGUCGGGCCGAAGAGUGUCCGUCGGGAAUUGACUCGGGAGCCACUGCUGCUGCUUCUCCGGCUGGCUUGUCCCCGCCAUGGAGUCCCCGCUGCUGGCGCGCUUGCUGUGGAGUCUGCUGUUUCUGUGCGCAGAUCUCACUGAGGGCGUAACAAUAACAUCAACUGAACAGACGAUGGUAACAAAGGCUCUAGGAGAGAAGGUUGCUUUGCUCUGCCAGUUUACUCUUGCAGCAGGAGAUGAAGGACUACUUGACAUUGAAUGGGUUGUCUUGGAGCCAAAAAAGGAGCAACCAGUAAUUAUGUUCAGUCAGAACACGGUUUAUGACAAGUAUCAUAUGGCUGGGCGGGUACAGUUUGUUAAUCAGAACCCAGCUGAUGGAGAUGCAAGUAUUGAUAUCCUGAACUUACAGCCAGCUGAUACUGGCACGUACCAGUGUAAAGUGAAGAAGGUUCCUGAUAUGCAGACCCAUAGAGUUCAGCUGAUGGUACUUGAAAAACCCCAAAAGACCAAAUGCUAUGUCGAAGGAUCGCAAGAGAUUGGAACUGAUGUUACUCUGAAAUGUAACUCCCAAGGAGGAACUCCGAUUAUAAGCUACCACUGGGGGAAGAUGAGUAAAGAAGGACUUCCGGACAGAUCAUCACUGAAUUCAGAUACAGGUGAUCUUUUGAUUAAAAAUGCUUCUCGGGCUUCCUCUGGCACAUACAAAUGUGUAGCUUCCAACAGAGUUGGUGCAGAUGAGUGUUCUCUUGUGCUGAAUGUCACCCCUCCGGUGAAUAGAGCUGGAACCAUUGCUGGAGCUGUAAUAGGGACUCUUUUGGGUCUCUCUUUACUAGCUUUUAUAAUCUUCUGUUGCUGCAAGAAACAAAGAGAGAAGAAAUACGAAAAAGAAGUGCAACAUGAUAUAAGAGAGGAUGUUCCUCCUCCGAAGAGUCGUGGUUCAACAGCCCGAAGCUAUAUAGGGAGUAAUCGCUCUUCUUUGGGUUCAAUGUCUCCUUCCAAUAUGGAUGGAUAUGCCAAGACUCAAUACAACAAAGUACCAAGUGAAGACUUUGAGCGUACUCCUCCUCAGAAUCCAAAUUUUCAACCACCAAAGUAUGGCCACGCAUGCAGGAUGGGUGACAUAACAGUGGUAUAAACUUGAAGAAACAACUUGUUUGUCAUGAAUUUCAAGUUACGGAACAAAUGAAGUACUGUGUAUUUUGUCAUAACUUUUAGAAUCUACAGACAAGAUGGUAAUGUAGACUAAAUUUAUAUUGCAGGUAGCAUUUUGCCUGCUGAAUGUUUACAACAUGUUUUGCUUUAAAGAUUUCUUCUAUUGUAAUAGUCCUAGACAUGAAUAUGUGGGAAAAUAUGAAGGUUAACACUGGAUCUGCAUACAAAUUUAAAAGAUCAACCCAGUUAACAAUGUAGCUCAUAUUUUUGGUGGUUAAUUAAUUCAAUCUAUUUGCUUACAAUGUAUGAAAUUACACUUAGCAAUGAAUUAGUAUGUUUGAAGCAACAUGUGCCUUCCAUACUGUAUAUUUUGGUGCUGUCUUUUUUAAUCUUCUGAUUUUUUAAAACAUAAACACGCCUUUUUUAAAUACUUGUGCUUUGUAACACUUAAUAAAAUUUUGUAUGAUUAUACCUUACAUGUACAGCACAUGUUUAUCCACUGAAGGUGGGAACUAUUGUAAUGACCAUUGAUUUCUAUGAUUUGCAUUGUAAUUUUAAGUGUUGUGCUCUUAAGAUUUUUUUUUUUGCAGUGAACCUGCUGACUGCUUCUUAGAUAUUGUCAUUACUAGCACUUUGAUUUGGGUCUUGAAACAAAUAAGAAGCCAGUGCAAUUGAAUAAUAUGUUCACCACCAACUUUCCUUCUCAGGAGGUGAGCCCACAGAAUUCUGUAUUGGCUGAUAUAGCACUGCAGGAAGAAUAGGCUGGAGACCUCUGGCUUACAAGACAUAUAUGGACCACAGGCCCUCUCCAUUCAGCCUUGGGCCUCCUCUCCCCUGCCCUUCUGCCCCAGUCCCAUUCAGCAAGCUGGAUUGAAAAAAGCUACCCAUUACUUCCACUAAGAAGCAUUUUUUUCCAAGCCUAAUGCCCUCCAGAAGGCUAUUUAGGAGGGUUACAGUUGUAGAGGCAGGGCUUAGCCCUUCCUUCCUUCCUUCCUCCACAAAGAUCACACCACCCCUCUGGCAAGACUCCUAAUACCUUUCUCAAUACUUUGUGUGUAUAAGAGAAUAUGAAUGGAGGGGAACGGAGGCACAUGAUGUGUGAAUGUUUGUGAAUUGGUGUGUGUGGGAAUAGAGAGAGAGAGAGAGAGAGAGAUGGUAGCACUGCCCAUUUUAGUAGUGGUCCUGCCCACCAUUGGCAUGCAGCCCCAGGAGUUCAUCCAUGAGGGAAUUUGUUCCUGAAAGGUGUUUCCACCACACCUUGUAGCUUGCACCUUGCACGUUCAUCUAGAUGGGUAGAUCUGUUGACUCUCUAUCCCAGGCAUCCCCAAACUUCGGCCCUCCAGAUGUUUUGGGCUACAAUUCCCAUCUUCCCCGACCACUGGUCCUGUUAGCUAGGGAUAAUGGGAGUUGUAGGCCAAAACAUCUGGAGGCCGGCAGUUUGGGGGUGUCUGCUCUAUCCCAUGGGUAGGCAAACUAAGGCCCGGGGGCUGGAUCCAGCCCAAUCGCCUUCUAAAUCCGGCCCGCGGACGGUCUGGGAAUCAGCGUGUUUUUACAUGAGUAGAAUGUGUCCUUUUAUUUAAAAUGCAUCUCUGGGUUAUUUGUGGGGCAUAGGAAUUCAUUCAUUUUCUUCUUCAAAAGAUAGUCUGCCCCCCCCACAAGGUCUGAGCGACAGUGGACCAGCCCCCUUUUUAAAAAUUUGCUGACCCCUGCUCUAUCCCUAAACUGACCCACCACUACAGUUUCUGUCUUGCCUGGAUUAAACUUCUGCUUCUUGGCACUUAACACCACUUAAAUUAGCAUUAUGUGCUAGAUGUUGGCCUCUGUUAGCUUUUAGGGGCUAAAACUUGGAUUGAGAUUGAAACAAGACCUCUGCUGGUUCAAUCUUACCUAAAUUGCCUUUAGACCCUUUUUUCUUUUUGUAAAAAGUGAAAAAUACAUUUAAUUAAUAAAUAAAAAAUAAUGAAUUCUAAAAUUUAUUUAUUCCAACAGGCCUUUGGGUGGGAAGUUAAUGACUUGGUCAGAUUCUGAUACUUGUUUACUGGUACUACUGACUCUGCCAUAUUUUUUUAUCUGUUUCUGUUUUUAUUGUUUGUUCAAUGAUUUGUAAUUGAUAUAUAUAUUUUCGCUUUAAUUUCUUGUACCUUGCCCUUGUACUACGUGAAGAAAGGCAGGCUAGAAACAUUUUUAUUAAAAAUUAAAAUAAAUAAAAUUAAGAUUAAAAUAAACAAAAUAUAGUCUUUUAAAUAGCUUCUAUAUACAGUAAAUAAUAACAAACUGAAGGACCACAUCUCAGUGGUAGAGCAGCUCUGGCUUGUAUGUCCAUUCCUUGGUAGCCCUAGGUAGGGCUGCCUGAGAUUCCUGUCUGAAACCCUGGAAAAUAGCUGCCAGUCAUCAUCUUGUACGGACCAGUGUCCGAAUCUAUACAAGGCAGCUUCAUAUGGAGUCUCAGAUUACGCUUUUAGCAAUUUGGUUGCCACUGUAUACAUUUUCUAUAGUUCACAUAGCAACGUGAUGUUAUCUGCAAUUAGACCUUGGAACUUGAAAGAUGUGCUAGGGAACUGAAGAUGAACUUUUCAGUGCAUCUUCAACACUUGUAUCUUCCAUCAUACUGAGAUUUGAAGCAUUUUUUACUCAUUUUAUUUUACUGUAAUAGUCAUAUUCCAGACCCUGAGCUGAUAUAAACUAAUUUUAGCAUGACCUUUCCGUCGAAUGCUUUGGGGAUGCUUCUAUUUAAGUUCAUAAGGUACCUUACCAUUCUAGCCCAUCCUUCAGUACCAGUAGGGACAUUGAGGUGUUGCCAGUUUGUAACAUUGUUAGGCUGAUUCACGUUUAAUGUAAAUCUAGGUGAUGAAUGAAGGGAGGAGGAAGAUUGGAAGUGGUUAGAAAUAAACAGGAUGAUCUUGGUAUUUGAAGCCUGCUGUGUGGAACAAAAAAAGUGCCUUGCUGUCCAUGAUGUUUGUUCUGAAUAACAGAUAAAGAGGUAGUUUGACAUAGCACAUGAUUUGACCCCAAUAUUUCUACUAUAACAAAUAGGUGCUUGGAAUGGUUUAUGAUGAUGUGUCAUCAGCAAAGCAUCACUAAAUCCUGUUGGGUCUGGGUUUUGCAGAAAGGAAUAUCAGUAAGAAUAUUUCGGCUGGGGAUGUUAGGGCCCUCUCAAACAUUACAAAGCUAACACUGGGGUCACUAAACUUGAGUGCACUGUGGACUGAUUUUAUGAUUGUGUAAAAGCAAUAGAGAAGUCAACAAUAUAAAAAUAUCAGAAUAAAUACAUCUACUGUGGUGAUCAAUACCUCCUGAAUUUUGAGGGAUGAAAUUAGUUUCCCAAGGAGGCUUUAGGCAGCUUCUAAAAAAAAAUAAAGUUUUGUAUGACUUGCUGAAGAAGCAGGAGGUUGUUUUUUAAAAAAUGUUUUUAUUGAAGAAAUAGAUUUUUUAAACAAUACAAAUUACCAAUAACAUAGCCAAUUACAAUUUCCCCCCUUUUUUCCCUCCCAUCCCUCCCUCUCCCACCCUCUAAGGACUUCCCUCAGCUUCCCUCUCUGAUUUGUUUGUACAUAUUGUUUUCUGCAUGUUACAAAAUUGUACAUUGCCUUAUCUAUCAUAUGUUCUGCUAAUAAAUUGUGGGUGUUUAUUCAAAACA